GGAAAAAGCUUAUUUUGCAUUAGAUAACAAGAAACUCGUUGAAAAUGAAGUUUGCACUAAAGAAACUUGCUCCUUUCUUCUCUCUCACAACAUAAUAGAGAUUAUUAAACACAAUUCUGCAGUGACACAAGCUUUACUUCAAUGUUUAGAAAAAAUAAUGCAGGAAAGAACAAACGUUUAUUCUGUUACGUCGCACUUAUCAAAGAUAGAUGUAAAUUCAAAUUCUUCCGAGGUAACUGUGUGUGAACAAAUUCCAUCCAAAUUUCUAAACGAGAAUAUACAUUCUGACACUAGCUCUGCUGCUGAACUAGAAAGCUUAAGUUGUUUACCGUGUUUGGAAAAAACAGAAAAAGAUAACACCAUAGCAAUGUUUACUGAAACCCUUUUAGAGAUAAUGAAGCAUGCCUUUGUAAUGAAUAGUAAGAAUGUACAAAAAGAUUGUGUAAGGAAAGAAGAUGCGAUCAAUGCAUUUAUCGUUUUAAGUAAAAUAAAAGAAUGUGCAGAUGAAAUUUUAAAGAUAUAUACGCUUGUAGAUUGGUCAAAGAGACAGAUAUUAAAUAAACUUUAUUGUAGAUCCAAAUCGAAAAGUACUUGCCCUUUAAGGAAAAAUUCUGCUUUGAAUUCGAAUCAGACUCAAGAUAUUAAAGAGGAUGUCGUAGAUCACUUUACAACUUAUGCAAACUCAAAAGACGUAGAAGUACUAUAUGAACCCUCCACAUCAAAAAUUAGAGAUUACAGUCUUUCGGAAAAUGAUACUACAUAUGCAGAAACAACGAUGGACGAACCAUUUGUCAAGGAUAAAGAUGUUACUGCGAGUACAGAAAACCAUGAUAUCGGUUUAAAUAUAUCAUUGCCGCAGAUAUUGCUUCGUGAUUCGGAAACUCAGUAUACUCCGAAGCAAUUACAAGAUACAGGCAUUGUAACCGAUCCCAAUUUUGAGGAAAAGAUAAGUGUGGCCACUCAAAAUCGUGAGCCUAUUUUGAUUCGUGUAAUCAAAUCUAAUAAUAGCGGAGAUAUUCUAAAAUUGGACAAGGAGACAUGCGUCCGCGAUGCCCAUGUUCUGUGGAACGUCGAUAAGUACUCGAAAAACAUGUAUCAGAAGUAUUCAGUUAGAAAACUGUUACACUCUGGCAUUUCUCAUGUAUGUGAGAAAGAAGUGAAUUGUAUAGAUUACCGUACAUCUUUGUUGCGUACAGUACCAAAUCCCUCGAAUGGGAUUUAUAGAUACUAUAAAGAAUGCAGAAGUUCAUUGCCAUGUCAUCAUGAUUGGAUCAAAGCAAAUAUCACAAAUCUUGGAAUAUCAUCGAUCCAACGUGUUUCCAGAAUCCCAUUAUAUGCGAGAUCACGCAAGUAUACACAGAGGAGAACUGAUUUGUACAGGAUGUCACGAUCGUACGUAUAAGCAGUACUUUUCUGAAUGUAAUAUGAUUAACAAACGCGUGAAAUAAAUCAUACAAAUAAACUUUAUAGUUCGAUAAUUAGUUUUCUAUCCAGGUAAUCGAAUAAAUUAUGAUUUUUAAUUCAAAUUCCAUUUUAUUACA